CCGAAUACAUAGGCUGGAUUGCUUUCACACUUACCGCGGGGAGUUGAGGAUCUGUGCGGAUUAGGUAAAAGAAGCAGUACAAACACCGACAAUCUCUGCUCGCCGUCCCGUCCAUACAAGUUCCUCCUUGUCUUCGUCACUUCCUCACCGAGUUUAUCUAUCCGCGUUUCCUGAUCUUUAUUCACGUUAUUUGUACAAUCUUUACUCGCUACCAUGGCUGAAGAGCUGCAGCAAAUGUCUCAAGGACAAGACAACCUUAAGCUUGAGGAGAACACGCCAAUUAAUGUCAAGGUUGUAAGCUCAACUGGGGACGAGGUUUUCUUCAAAAUCAAGAGCAACACCAAGUUGAGCAAGCUUCAAGGCGCUUAUGCUACUAAAGUCGGUAAGGAUGUGGGCAGCAUUCGAUUUUUGUACGACGGAUCGAGAAUCAACGACGAUGAUACACCUGCAAGCCUCGAAAUGGAGGACAAUGAUACGAUCGAUGUGAUGGUAGAACAGGUUGGCGGUUCAUCUCCUGCAUAUUUGUACAGUCGUCGCCCAUAAUUGUAACACUACGGUUUAUUUGCUUCCUUGUCAAUCUGACGAAUAUUCAUAAUAUUGCAUCGACCAAUAUCUUUUGGAUGUAGUAUCGCUAGCGCUUAGCUCUGGCGGGGAAAUUGCCACUUCUCUCGAGAA